AGGGUAAUUACGGUACUGCGCAUGCGCAGUGCCGCCAAGCAUCCUCAAGCAGUGUCGAAGGAGAUGAAAAGGAAAACAGUGCCCGGGAGAGAGAGGGAAGAAGUUGGAUUAAUUUUCUUUGUCACUUCGUCCGUUUUCGGAGCACAUUCGACCGAGUUGGUCUUGCGAUCCUUUCGUUAAGCCAUCGAUUCGCUCCUAGACUUCUGACCUCUCCCCUCCAGAUACCAGAGACGGUGAUCUGCGUCAUCUGUUCCCCCAGUCCCUUUUUGUGUGUGUCCGCUCGGACCCGCAGUCAGCGAUCAUGGAGGAGACCGUGACUACGUUCGAGACCCACUUGACAGCUGUCAUGGACAGUCUCAUCCGUGCCUCCGUGUGUGAGAUCACAAAACUCUUUCAGGAAACAGUCAACGAUUACAUCGUGGAGCUGACGCUCAACAGGAAGGAGAACGAGACUCUGAAACUUCGCCUCAGGUUGACCGAGAACAAAUUGAGGAACGAGCGCAAGUACGGCAUGGGGUGGGCUGAGAACCGGCGGAACGCCGGGCUGGCGGUGCCGGAGGAUGGAGUAAGUGGACGAAAGAAACGAAAACGCGAAACGCCUCGAGGCAAGCAGAAGCAGGGCUCCGCCGUGGCCUAUGGCAAGGGCUGGCCGGGGGGUUUGUGGGAGGAAGGAGGUGGGGGAGGCGCGCCGGGCGGCGGCGGCGGCGGCGGCGGCGGCGGCGACGGUGAAGGUGAGGCGGUGGGAGGAGGCAAGGAGGCCCGCGAGAUGUACCUCAUCCAGUUCCCCGGGGACGAGGAGGUGGAGGAGGAGGAGGAGGAAGAGGAGGAGGAGGACAGCGGCGGGCUGCCGGUGGAGGACGAGGAAGGGGAGGGCAUGCUGUGCCGAGAGGGGGAGGAGAUGGGCAACAUCAAAGAGGAGUUCGCCCAGCAUGAGGGCUACCAACCCGCCUCCCUGCGGCUCAUCAAGGAGGCCCUGAAGAUGGACCCCCCCCACCAGAACCUCCAGACCAGCUCCCGGUCCCACAGCGAAGGCGAGCUCUCUGACCGGCCCCCGGCCCUCCACCCAGGGGAGAGGGGCGAGGAGGAGGAGGAAGGAGAGGAGUGGGAGAUGGGCUCCACGGAGCCGUCGGAGGGCGGCAUGAGCAUGGACGAGCUGCGGGGCCUGGAGACGGCGCUGCGCGCGGAGCGGGGCCGCGAGCGCGCCGCCCAGAGGGCCUCCAACUCCGUCAGCCCCGUGGCGGACGCGGCGGACGCGGCCUCCGGUGCCGAGGGGCCCCUGGCCCCCAAGUACAUCGGCCUGGACGGGCUGGAGCAGGAAGGGGAGCUCGACCCCCAGCCGCCCACCCUGCAGAGAGAGGACCUGACGGGGGCCCACGGCCGCUCCCAGGAGGGCCUGAGGUCCGGGGGCUCGUCGGUGGGGGGGACCCCGCGCUGGGCCAAAAGGCUGCGGGAGGGCGAGCUGGCGGGGGAGGGCAUGGGGGAGCCGGGGGAGGGCCCCGAGGACCUGCCCUACCUGUCGGCCCCGGGGAGCGUGGGGGACAGCGUCGGCGACGAGGACGAGGGCGGCGGCGACCUGCUGCACUUCUGCACCCAGUGCGGCGGGGGGUUCCCCUCGGGGGCGGAGCUGGAGGAGCACCCCUGCCCGCUGGGCAGCGCCCACCUGCAGGGCGGCGAGCCGGCCGCCACGCCCUUCCCGUGCGCGUCGUGCGGCAACGCCUUCAGCCACGCCUGGGCCCUCAAGAACCACGAGUGCGCCUGCGCCGCUGAGCGGCCCCACUGCUGCGAACUGUGCGGCAAGCGCUUCACGCACACGCGCUCGCUGGAGCGCCACCAGCUGGUGCACACGGGCGAGCGGCCGCACCGCUGCCCGCAGUGCGGCCGCAGCUUCAGCCGCCUCGGCAACCUGGAGCGCCACCAGCGCAUCCACACGGGGGAGCGGCCGUACGGCUGCGAGGCGUGCGGCAAGCGCUUCAGCCGCGUGGAGUACCUGAAGAGGCACCAGCAGAUCCACAGCGGGGACAAGGCGGCGGCGCUGCAGUGCGCGCAGUGCGGACUCAGCUUCGGGGACGUGGAGCAGCUGAAGAGCCACCAGUGCUAUUAGCACAGCCCCGGGGGGACCCGGGAGGUUGAGGGUGGGGGGGGGGGGUUGGGUUGGGAGGGGAGGGGCGGGCGACCCGGUCCUUGGGAUGGACGCAGCAGCACGCUGUUGUAGACACGCUUUUUUCGUUCGUCGGUCUGUUUUUGUCUGCGUUUUGUUCUGUUUUUUUCUGGACAAUAUGAAAACUUUGCGAUGCGGCGCUGUGUGGGUGAAUGUUUUAGUGGACAUUAGUGCGGCGAGAGAAUGAGAUGGUUCGUUUUAUACUGUGAAUUUUUAAAUGAUGUUUCGAAUCCCAGGAAAAAGAAGUCCCGUUUAAUACCCCGCAUUUUUUUCUAAAUGUUUCGGUUUUUACUUUGUAUCGUCGCGUGACAAGCUUCCUGUUACUGUAUUUAAGUUUUUAAACAUUUCAUAUUUUUGAAUCUUUAUAUACAUAAUCAAUUUCCAUUUGAAAACAAUGAGGAGCUUGGUGUUUUGGUGACAAAUGUCCUCCAAACAUUUGGUAUUUUGUAUGCUUGCUUUGGUCAAGAAAUAAACCUUUUGAGUUAAUUUAA